GCACAGCGGAACCUUCCUUUAUUGCUAAAAGUGAAGACCGUUUGUUCAAGCACUUAUUUGAAGACUAUGAAAGAUGGGUUCGCCCAGUGGAACGCUUAAACGAUACCAUCAAAGUGAAAUUUGGCCUUGCCAUUUCGCAGCUGGUGGAUGUGGAUGAGAAAAACCAGUUGAUGACGACAAAUGUGUGGUUGAAGCAGGAAUGGGUUGAUGUGAAACUGAAGUGGGACCCAAAAGAGUAUGCAGGAAUAACAUCUAUUCGAGUCCCAUCAGAUUCUAUAUGGAUUCCAGAUAUAGUUUUGUAUGACAACGCAGACGGUCGCUUUGAAGGCACCACGACCAAGACUGUAGUGAAGCACGACGGCACUAUUGCUUGGACUCCACCCGCCAACUACAAAAGCUCCUGUACUAUCGACGUGACUUAUUUUCCCUUUGACCUCCAAAACUGCUCCAUGAAGUUUGGCUCCUGGACAUACGACGGCUCACAAGUGGAUAUCAUUCUGGUGGACGAGGAAGUUGACAAGAGGGACUUCUUUGAUAAUGGAGAAUGGGAGAUUGUGACAGCAACUGGGGUCAAAAGGAACAGGACGGAUGGGUGUUGUUGGUACCCAUUUAUUACGUAUUCGUUUAUAAUCAGGCGCCUGCCUCUUUUUUACACCUUGUUCCUCAUCGUCCCUUGUAUAGGGCUGUCCUUCUUAACUAUCCUCGUCUUCUACCUCCCAUCUUACGAAGGUGAGAAAAUCUCCCUGUGCACCUCUGUGCUGGUGUCUUUGACCGUCUUUCUUCUCGUCAUCGAAGAGAUCAUCCCGUCGUCGUCGAAAGUCAUCCCCCUUAUCGGCGAGUACUUGGUGUUCACGAUGAUUUUCGUGACGUUAUCCAUCGUCAUCACGGUGUUUGCUAUCAACGUCCACCACCGAUCCUCAUCGACGCACACCGCAAUGGCGCCCUGGGUCCGCAAGAUAUUCCUUCACCAGCUUCCCAAACUGCUUUGCAUGAGGAGCCACAUAGAUAGGUACUUUCCUCAGAAGGAAGAUGCUGACAAUCCCGACGGAUCUGUGCCCUCCCGGAAUACGUUGGAAGCUGCCUUAAAUUCUAUCCGCUACAUCACAAGGCACAUUGUCAAGGAGAACGAAGUACGUGAGGUUGUCGAAGAUUGGAAAUUUAUAGCUCAGGUCCUGGACCGCAUGUUCUUAUGGACGUUCCUCCUGGUUUCGAUAAUCGGAUCGCUGGCACUGUUUAUUCCAGUAAUUCAUAAAUGGGCAAGCAUAAUAGUACCAGUCCACUUUGGAAGCACAAAUACAUAAAUGUACGUGGGCUAGGGC